AUGUCAUCUGAGACUUUUAAGCCUAAAGAUGGAUCGUGUUGUGCUGUUGCGAAUUGCAAACAAUAUUCUAGCAAAGCAAAAAUUGAUGGAACUGACAUAUCGUUUCACAGGUUUCCUAAAGAUUUGGAUCAACAAAAAUUGUGGGCCCAGAAAUGUAAAAGAGAUGAUAAGUGGAAUCCUCAAACAUCGUAUAUUUGUUCAAUUCACUUUAGUUCGGAUGCUUUUGUGCACAAUAUGAAAGCGAAACUCUUAGGAUACAGUCCUAGAGUUCGAAAAUUAAAACAGGAUGCUGUUCCAACAUUAAAUCUACCAGCUGCUUCUUUCGACCAAAAUGAUAUAUCUAUAUCAGCAAUCAAUCGUCGGAAUAGGAUGGAUGCUAAACUGGCCAAAAAGGUUCAUGAUGAACUGGUGACAUCAAGUCUUUCAUCAAUAUCACCACCUGCAACAUUAUAUAUUGAGGCCAAUUUGUUAAUUUAUUUAUUUUCUCAAAUGUUACAGAUCAUUAAACUAGUUAAGACUUAA